AUGUACAAGUCUUGUGACUCAAUGGUGAUGCAGGACAUUUUGAAAGCCUUCGAAGAAGAUACAGAUGCCUUCUUCGACUCCUUGCUGUCAGGUGAGAGUUCAGCGCCUCCACCAGCAGCGGCGCCAAAAGCUGCGCCAAAAGUAGCCGCCACGGCAGCAUUCGCCCCGCCAGCAAGAACAGAGGCCCCAAAGCCAGCUCCGACCUCCGAGGUGCCAAAGGCUGCACCCAAGGAGGUGGCAGCAAAACCCGCAGCCAAAGAUGAGGUGCCGACAGUGUCUGAGCGGCAGGCAGCUAAAGCACCGCCAGCUGCGCCCAAAGUGGAGGUGCCGACAGUGUCUGAGCGGCAGGCAGCUAAAGCACCGCCAGCUGCGCCCAAAGUGGAGGUGCCGACAGUGUCUGAGCGGCAGGCAGCUAAAGCACCGCCAGCUGCGCCCAAAGUGGAGGUGCCGACAGUGUCUGAGCGGCAGGCAGCUAAAGCACCGCCAGCUGCGCCCAAAGUGGAGGCCCCCCCGGUAGCCGAGACGGCGACAGCGGCUCCGAAGACGCAGGCAGCCUCCGUCGAUCUCGGUGGAGGCAAGCCAAGCUCCAAGGAGCCCGGUCAGGUGCAGAGCACCCUGGAGACGCCCGAACGGGCAGCCAUGUUCCGCAUGGACAGCAGCGGAUCUGACGAGGCGGAGGUGUCCCAACCCGACUACAGCCACGGCGAGGUCCACCACCUCACAGCACCGCCGCCCCCCGCGGACUUCACCACAGAGGACAUCGUCCUCCAUGAGACUUUAGAAGAUUUCUACACCCAGCACAGGCAGACAAACAUGAGCAACAUCAACGCCAUUGUGGCCAAGUAUCGCGGCCACAUGGUCCCGCACCUUUGGGCGCAGCUGUCACUGAAGUACAACCUUGCUCCCCUGGAAGGCCUCGAGCUGCUCGGCCGAAGCCUCUACCAGAACGCGCCCUUUGAGUAUCGGGAGGAGGAGCUUCAGACCGAGCUGGAAGAGGCUCUUGCCGAGGUUCGAAAGUCGGUGCUGGCGGAGGGCCUCGCACCCUCAAAGACGGAGCUGCUCCAGCGGGCCAUCGCGCGGGGAACGAAGGACGGCAACGAUGGCCUCCUUCGAUUGCUCGCCUUCCGCGGGCUCCCAGACGAUCACGGCCUGAGAGCAACAGUCUGGAAGGCAUUGCUUGGCUACCUGCCCAUGAAGCGGCAGGACGAGUGGAACGCCAUUCAUGGUGAGAAGCGUGCCCUCUAUGCCAGCUACCGGAGCGAACUCCUCACUAUCGACUCUGCACACGAGGUCUCGAUCAACUCGAGCUCCAAGAACCCAGGUAGUGAGAUUGAUGAUCAAGACUUGCUGCAGGAGAUCAAGAACGACGUUGACAGGACCCGGCGAGAUUUCGAGUAUUUCCGCCGUCCUGCGACAAAAGCUGCGUUAACUGCUUUGCUCUUCGUCUAUGCCAAGCUGAAUCCGGGCGUCCGGUAUGUGCAAGGCAUGAACGAGAUCGCCGCAGUCCUGCUUUACGUUAUGUCCGCGGAGGUCGACGCCGAGACGGAUGCUUUCUGGUGCUUCAGCGAGAUGAUGGCCGAAAUCAAAGACGGCUUCAUGCAAGCUUUGGAUCACAGCGGCGAAGGCGUCUACGGCAUGGUGGAGGAGAUCUCGCAGAUGCUACGGAGCUACGACCCGCACCUCGCGAGGCAUCUCGCCCGCGCUGAGCUGUCUCUGUUUGUUUUCGUGCUGCGGUGGUGCACCGUCCUCUUCGCCCAGGACGCGACACUUCCGGACGUUCUUCGGCUGUGGGAUUCCUUCAUCGCCGACCCGAACAGAUACGGGUUCGUGGUGCACGUGUGCGUGGCUGUCAUCCUCGGUAAGCGGGAGGAGCUCCUGGCAACAGACAAGCAGUUCGAGCUGGCCGAGAUCAUGCAAGCGGGGCCGCGGGGCACCGACUUCGAUGCGCUGCUCCGCAAGGCCUUUGCAAUUUGCGCCUUCGAGCGCCGGAGCCUGCCGCCACAGUUUCCGCCGAAGAGGAACCAGGUUAUCGACGACCUGUCCGACUGGGCCCAGCAUGCCGCAGCAGAGGCCGCCGCCGUCGCCAGCGAGGUGGGCGCCGACCUCUCGAAGAACUUCCAGGAGCUGCCAGGGCCAAGGCUUUAG